GGAAGCGAAACAUCACACUCCCUCGUUUUUCUGGUUACAUUACAGUCAAUGAACUAGCAGACUAGACUCAGCUGCUAUCGCAUUGGUGCCUAUCGGGAGAGCCACCCCCUAAAGCAGACCGAAACUAACCAUUUUUUCCAAUGGUAAACGGCCUUAGUAGGACAUCUUUAUUUAUCCACCAUCUUCGAGACAGCUCGGUUCCAGUUUCCAUAGGCGGCGGUAGACCUAUCCCUCGCGCACCAUAAUCCGUUUUUUGUUGUGAGACGCGGAGGGUAGCGAAGUCAUGGGCAAGCUUCAGGAAUUAGAUAUUACUUUUACCAACAACAAAGUGGUCUACAGCCCUGGCGAAUCCAUAAGUGGAACUGUGAAAAUUACAAGUGGUAGCUCACUGCAAUAUAAGGCCAUUAAGGUGAACUGCCUGGGAUCAUGUGGGGUCUCCAACAAAAUGAACGACACGUCGUGGACACUGGAAGAGCAAUACUUCAGCAGCACACUGUCUGUAGCUGACAAAGGUACCCUGGCAGCUGGCGAGCACAGUUUCCCUUUCCAAUUUGUCAUCCCAGUGGCUGCCCCAACCUCCUUUGAAGGGCCCUUUGGGAAAAUUGUUUACCGUGUGAGAGUCGUCAUAGACACACCGCGCUUCUCCAAGGACUACAAGUCCCAGAAGCCCUUUUACCUACUCAACCUGCUCAACCUCAAUCAAGUGCCCGACAUUGAGCAACCCAGUUAUGCUGUGACCACUAAGAGAUUCAGCUAUCUCCUGGUGAAGACGGGCACCCUCAUGCUGAAGGCUUGCAGUGACCUGAGGGGAUACACACCAGGCCAGAUCAUCAGACUAGCCACUGAGAUCCACAACAAGUCAGGCAAGGACACGGGCUGCGUGCUGGCCAGUCUCAUACAGAAAGUGACUUAUAAGACCAAACGAGCUUUGUAUGACCUGCGGACCAUAGCAGAGGUAGAGGGGGCGGGAGUGAAGGCGGGGAAACACGCUGAGUGGCGAGAGCAGAUCAUCGUACCGCCCCUCCCCCAGUCUGCCCUGGCCGGCUGCAGCCUCAUAGAGAUUGACUACUUCAUCCAGGUAUCACUAAAAUCCCCUGAGACGGUUGUCACUUUACCCAUCUACAUCGGGAACAUCGCUGUCAACUUGACCCCGUCACGAGCUAUGCCUUCAACCCCAGCCCCAACACCCAUCAGCCCUAACACCGGCCUGGAAGGGGUUACCCCCAGCGCACCCCCAGCUGAGGAGGACCUGGAGGAGGAGUUGGGUGCAGGGGGUUCAGUCAGCGAGGAGAUCCCCACUAAGAGCCACUCCCAGCAGGACCAAUCCGGCCAGCCACCCACCAUGUCCCCCAGUGCAUUCAGCUACGCUCCCGGUGCAGCUUUCCCACCCAGCCAGCGACGUGCCGACGACACCUCUGCGCCUCUGUUCUGUGUGUCCACUGGGUCCACCAUCCCUUUCUUCACAGAGGGAAACGUCACCCCAGUACCCACGUCCUGUCCUCUCAUACUCCCCCCUGAGUACAGCACCUGGGACUACCCACAUGAACCCCCUCCCACCUAUGAGGAGAGCUGCAGCAGCAACAACUCCAGCUUCAACAACAGCAGGCCGUAGAGGAGAGGGGACUGAGCAUAAUGCAGCUCAAAACUGCAAUUACCCUCCCUACAGGACAAAUAGGGUACUGCAGCCCUAGCUCCAAGGGGACAGAAGACGCUAACCUCCUAAAUGUUACACUUAAACAGGGCUCUCCAACCCUGUUCCUGGAGCUACCCUCCUGUAGGUUUUCACUCCUACCCUGUUCCUGGAGCUACCCUC